GUGCCCGUACAUUAGAAUUAACUUCAGCCGGGAAACGGUUAUUUUAUCGCCAAAUAUCUUUUAUAUACCGAUAACUAAACAACACGUUAGUUUUAAUACAAAACCAAUGGAGUACAAAUAUCUGAAUGAGAUAUGUUCAGAUCGUGUGACACAAAUACAUUUCUCAGCGCGUAGCUGAAAAACGUAUCAGUCGAAUCUAUGAUGGCGCCGUGAGCGUCUCGCGUCGGCCAUGGUACGACUCAGAUGGACGUUUACUCUAAUUAUAAUACCUAUUAUACUAUUCGCGACAGUGAUAACCGCAUUUCGCAUCCGUGAUCUCCAAAAAAGUUCCCACGAAAGUGUUUCGGAGUUCAAAAAGAAACCAAAAUGUGAAGAAUGUGAAGUGAAUAAACUUGACCUUGAUCGAAAACUACAUAUUUACAAAACUGAAAGUGUAAAACGUCAUAAUGACGAUAUUAAUAAGCCUAUUCAAGAAAAGAAAAAAACUACCGAGGAAAAGACGUAUGAUAAAAUUAAAUCAGUGUUUGAAGAAAUAGAAGAUGAAAGUGAUGAAGAUGAAGAUGAUGAAAAUUUAGUUUAUCUACGAAAUUUGGCUUCUAAAUGGGAAGAGAAACAGAAAUCUUCAAACGUAAUAAGUGAAAAAGAAACUAUAAAAAUAAUCAACACGAAGAAAGAAACUGUUGUUAAAAAUAAUAAAAUUAAAAAUAAUAUUAAGUUAGAUAGCAAAAAAGAUAGUGACAACGAAUACGAAAAUGAUGACGAUGAUGAUGAUGAUGUCGACGAUGACGACGAUGGUUUUAGUGAUAAAGCUUCCGUACAAAAGGCGACUGCGGAAGUUGUAGAGAAAAGUACCAGUUUCAGUAAAGAUUUUAAUAAUGAUGAUGACGAUGACGACGAUGACGACAAUGAUAGUGAUGACGAAGAUAAUGAUAUUGACGACAGUGAUUUUAACACUAAAGAGAAACUUACUAAAGUUGGUUUAAGCUCUCGAGAAGUUGAAAAGCCUUUAAAUCACAUGAAAAUACGCAAGUCAGGUGUGAAAGACAACGCAUUGCCAAAGAAAGUAAAGACUACAGAUACAUUUAUGACAUCCGAAAUUAAAAAAGAAGACCGUAGUAAUAUUGGAGAAAAGAAAACAAAAGGAAAGGUGGUUCUAAUAGACAACAAUGAAGAGGAUGAUAAAACUGUAGGCGUAGAAAAGGUUCUUAAAGAUGUUAAAAUCAAGAAAACAAGCCCAGAAAAAGUUGUUGAUAAAGAAAGUGUACGUAAAAUACAGAGACAGGAACCUUCUCAAAGCGAAAAAAUCAAGACUCAUAAGGUAAUUAAAGAAGUAUCGAAAGACACGAUACCAAAGAUUGAUGUCAAAAAUAAACAAAUUAAAGAUCAAGUAAAAACUGAACCUAUAUCAAAACACUUGAACGAUUGCAAAAAUGAGAGUCAAGAAGAUAGUCGACUAAGGCAUGUCACAGAUGCUCUAUACAGACGAAAUUUACUUAAAAGUGAAUUUGAAGAUUUCUAUGCGUUUCUGCCGACUUUUGCGCCAAAUUUUACACGCGUUCAAAAUCCUGAGUGUAGGCGUCAUGGACAGAUACUUCUUAGACAGUUACGUGGAGCAAAGUUGUGGGCAUUGAGCAUGCUCGACGCCACUGCAAAGGUUCCCUCGGGAAUACUCCACGGCAAUGGUAUUCAACUGGGUAGCUUCGACCAGUGCUUGGGGAGUCGUGCACGGGUUCAACUCGACACUGGGAGCAUAGUAAAAGUUCAUGGAAAGUACUGCUUGGCUCGUGUUGACCUGAAAUCUGAACAUCACGAAAUGGAAAUUCCAGUUCAUUUGGCGCAAUCUAAGAAUUUGAUCAAGAGUCGGAUUGAUGAUCCAGGUCACUUCGUACCGCGAUUCUCAACGUUGAGUUGGGGCGUGUGCGUUCCCGCGCCCUGUAGCUCAGAAGACGUCGAAAAUAUAAUAAGGGAUGCUAUCAAACACUACCAAUAUACUAGUGGAAUAUCUAUCAAAGUUAGAGUCGAUGAACAGGAUUGUCAUGUACAAAAGAAACAAGCAUGGUGGGAAGAAUGGCUUGGGAUACCAACCCUUGUCACAUUAUUUUUGUACGGCGUAGUCAUGUUACUGGUCCUAAUUGCUACGGCACAAGACUUUGCUGCUAGAAAGGAAACCAAUGACGAAGCGGAGGAUGAAGGCGACCAAAAAGGGGUGAAAGAUAAGCGGCCUGAAGGUGAGAGCGUUAUCAGUGUGUUUUCGUUGUACCGCACUGUACGCAAGCUGAUGGCCCCGGCGACGUCAGAUGAGAUCUCCUGCAUUCAUGGCGUACGGGCCAUAGCUACCAUCGCUCUACUCAUCGCUCACAAGUUCCUACCCGUCGCUUCUACGCCUUACACGAACAGGCUGAUGAUAACUGAGGUGGUAAGCUCUCCCCUGUGGUCGUGGUGCCGCGCUGGCUGGAUGUACACUGACUGCUUCCUGUUGCUGAGUGGGACGCUCACAGCGCAUCGUAUAGCCAAUGAUAGCGAAUCUGGAGCAUUUAAAAGAAUUCUUUUCAGAUAUUUGAGACUGACUCCUGCGUUAUUAGCCGUGAUACUAUUCUACGCGUACGUUUGGGACAACAUCUCCAUAGGGCCCAUGUGGGGCUCACUCAUCACCAAGAACGCGGAGGUCUGUCAACAAGGCUGGUGGUGGAAUGUCUUAUACCUGCAGAACUAUUUUGGAUUCGAGGAUAUGUGCGCCCCACAAACUCACCAGCUGGCAUUAGACAUGCAGCUGUCGGUCCUGGGCGGCGUGGUAGUGUGGGCAAUGCAGUCUGAAUUGCCGGUACUGCGCGCUCUGUUACCCACGCUUCACGUGUGGACCGCCUUCUCCAGGUACCGGAUAACGAAGGAACACCGCCUCACACUACUGGCUUAUCACGGCGUCAGCGUAAGCCAACUGUACAGGACGGCACGGCUGAGCUACACCUCUGUGAUCCACCGCGCCUCUCCCUACUUGCUCGGGCUUAGCCUCGGGCUCGCUCUCAAGAACAAUACACGUCAUAGCAAAAUAUUACUGGCAUUUGGAUGGUUAAUCAGCGGUAUACUAUGGUGCUCUGUAUGGUGGGCGGGUUUCGAUUCUGGCUCGACUCAGUACCGAUACAGCGCAACAUUCGCGGCACAGUACGCCGCGUUGGCACCCAUCGCCUCCGCUUUGGCAAUCGCCUGGCUCAUAUACGCAGUCCACGGCGGUCAUUGUGAUUUCCUGCACAACUUACUCUGCAGUCGUCCAUUAACCCUUAUCAGUCGUCUUUCGUAUGCUCUCUAUCUCUGUCAGUUCGUUGUGUUUCUGACUAAUGCGGCUACAGUGAGGACUGCUACCGAAUUUUCCUUAAUGUCUCUGAUUGAUGUCCAAGAAAUAUCUUUAAUAUUUUUAUCAUCAAUUUUGUUGACGUUAACAUUUGUAAUUCCAAUGCAGUCAUUGCCAAAGAUUCUUUUCUUAGUGUCGAAAACAAAUGAAACUAAAAAGGAAAAGUUAGAUCCCACAGAAUCAGAAAAGAUCCAAUCACAAACAGGAAGUCCAAGAAAGAAUGAAAAGGUUAUAGAACCGCCUUUGAUUAGAAAUAGGCAAACUCUUAUCGCUCAUCGAGAAGUGUUAGAAGAAAUCCCAGAAGUUGAAAUGGAACAUGAACAUCAGAGAAUAACGAAUGAUGGUUUAGAGGAAAUUUUAGAAGAGGAAGAAAAUGAGGAAGGUUUAGAUGAAGAAAAUGAACGUAUAAACGAAGAAGAGCUAGAAGUAAUAGAAGAAGAACAAGGUGACGAUGAGGACUUCUGGACAAAUAGAGAUGAGAACAAUCAAAGGAGACCAUUGUCUAGAAAUAGUGAUGAUAGGGAUCUCGACGACUGGGAAGUAACAGGCAAUGGCAAUGGACAUAGUGGAGCUCAACAUUAUCGAUACUCGAGAUAAUGAUGAAAAUGUAAUUAAAUUUUAUGCGAACUGAA